AUGACCGCUCUGGUGUGGGCGUCAAGCCCAACCUGUGGCUUCUUGCAACCUGUCAUCGGCAUCAUGAGUGACAGAUGCAGACUUUCUUGGGGCCGGCGACGGCCAUUUGUCCUCGUCGGCGCCGUCUGCUCUGUGCUUUGCAUCCUCGCUUUGGCCUGGGUGGAGAAUUUGUUCCAAUCGACCUCUCCGGGCUUGAUGCGGGCAGUGGCGGUCCUGCUGGUCAUAUUGCUCAAUGUCUCCAUGACGCCACUGGCCUUUGGUCUGCGGUCGUUGAUUACGGAUCUCGUGGUUGCACAAGACCAGAGCCGCGUCUCGGCCUGGGCGAGCUACGCGACAGCUGUGUCCAACAUUCUCAGCCUGUGGGCGGGGAGUUUCCACCUGCCCGAAGUCCUCGGGGUCUCUUUUCUGACACAGUUCCAAGUCCUGAGCCUCAUCGCUUGUGCCAGCCUGACGGCAACAGUGUCGGUCUGUCUGCGAACAGCAAGGGAACAAAAUUCCAAACUCGACGCGCAUUUGGUCGGGCAUAAACAGCAGCCACUCGGGCUUUCAUCUACUCUCCGCUCUGUCAGACAAGCUUAUCGCUGUACCCCAGCUCGAAUCAAGCAAGUUUUCGCCGUCCAAGUCUUCUCCUGGACGGCUUGGUAUCCUUUUCUAUUCUACAUGACCAGCUACGUCAACACAAGAUUCUUUGAAGAUGCGCUUUCUCAGCUGCAGUCUUUCCACGGCUGGACGGACGUCACCCGCCUCUUGAAAUCCCCAGCAACUCAAGUCGGGUCGACGGCCCUUUUACUGUGGACGCUCGUGUCGUUUGUCUCGACCAUGGUCUUUACGCGUCUUGUGCGAAAACCCUGUAAGAGAUCGCCUGGGCCCGAUGUCGAAGACGCAGACAAUCCGCUGUCCAUGCGCACAGUCUGGAUGUCCAGCCACAUCCUGUUCGCGUCUUGCAUGCUGCUGACCCUGGUGGUCAAGUCGUGGGAAGGCACCGUCGUCCUAGUGUCCCUAGCGGGUUUCUCCUGGGCUGCGACGCAGUGGAUCCCCCAUGCCAUUGUUGGCGCCGACAUCUCACCGGGGGUCGACGAUGACGAUGACGAUGACGAGGCGGCGGAGGACCUCCGCCAACAUCGCGGCGCCAUCUUAGGUCUGCAUAGCUUGGCCAUCUCCACGCCUCAGAUCAUCGCCGCGCUGGUCAGCAGUGGGAUCAUGUCGGGCAUGACGAAACUGGGCAGCGUCGAACCCGCUGCGUGGACAUUGAGGGCGGCGGCCAUGCCGGCCAUGGUCGCAGCAACACUGGCUUGCCGACUCGGGGAAUUUUAA